AUGUCCCGCAAGCACUUUCAACUUGGCUUGAGCUACUAUAAAAAAGGAGACUAUCAGAAUGCUCUGCAACAAUUCACUGAGGCCUUGAAGCAUGACGGACACAACAAAUAUCUCAUUCUGGAUUCUCGCUCAGCUGUUUAUCUCAAACUUGAGGACACAAAAGCAGCACUGAAAGAUGCGAAAGCAACGAUAGAGGCUGCCCCAGAUCGGUGGCAAGGCUAUGCACGCGCUGCACGCGUUUUUUUCGAAGCCAAGAAACUAGACGCGUCGCUAACAAUGAUAUCCGGGGCACUUGAUAGACUGAGGCCAGAAGAGACACAGAGACGCGAGUCUUUACAUAUUUUACGAUGCGAAGUGGAGGCGGCAAAGUUAGAAGUGGAGCGAAGACGUAGGCUUUCGGAGGACAAUAUGUUCAAACUUCCUAUCGAACUCUUCUCGGAAAUCGCGAAGUUGGCCAUCCAAGACAAUGACACAAGUCCAAUCACACUGUCCCAUGUCUCGAAAAACUGGAGGAAUGUUGUAGUCCAUCUUCCCCAACUUUGGGGCUCUUUGAUACUUACACGAAGGCAUCCAGCGAAAAAGGCCAAACUGUGGAUUAAACGGUCAAAAGGAAAAAUCAAAGAACUUUCAAUCCGAGCGUCUGUCAUGGAGGUUCCUCAUUGGGCGGGUGAUUGUCUCGACACACUGUCUUGGGAAUACCUUCGCGUUUUCAAGGUUCAACAAUGGGACGUGACUGGACACAUUGACCAAUAUCGAACAUUUUGA